CAGAUUCAUUGCUUAGUCGACACACAGAAAACUGCCUUCUUCAGUAACUAUGGCAUUCAAGUUUGUAACCUUCCUCGCCUUGGUGGCCGUUUCCCGCGCCGGACUCAUCGCAAGCCCAGCGCUGUCCUACGCCGCUGCUCCAGCCCUGUCAUACGCUGCUCCAGCACAACUGGCCUACUCCGCUCCAAUUGCUAAAACCAUUUCGUAUGCUGCCCCAGUCACCAAAACACUAGUUGCCGCCCCUCUGACCAAAACGAUCGUCGCCGAUGAGUACGACCCGAACCCACAGUACUCGUUCUCGUACGGAAUCUCCGAUGGCCUGACCGGAGACCAGAAGAGCCAACAGGAAUCUCGCAACGGUGAUGUCGUCCAGGGUUCGUACUCGGUCGUUGAUCCUGACGGUCUCCAGCGUACCGUUGACUACACCGCCGAUCCACAUAACGGGUUCAACGCCGUCGUUCGUCGUGAACCGCUUGGAGUGAAAGCUGUUGCUGCUGCUCCAGUUCUUGCCGCCAAAACCAUCAUUGCCCAGCCGGCUCUGGCUACCAAGACCCUGAUCGCUCAGCCCGCUUUGAAAACCUACUCGGCACCACUGCUCACCAAGAGCAUCGUCUCCCAGCCUGCUGCUUAUGCCACGUACUCAAGCCCACUGGCCACCAAGACCAUCAUUUCGCAACCGGCCCUUGCCGCCUACUCUGCUCCAUUGACCACCAAGACCAUCCUGUCACAACCGGCCUACGCUUCCUAUGCUGCACCUGCCUUGUAUCACUAGGAGACUUAUUUCGU